AUGCAAAAUGAGCCUGGAGAAGAUAAGUCAGAGGAAGUAAAAGAAGAUAACGUUGAUCCCGAGUCAGACAUUCUAUUCACCAUGAAUUUUGACACUCAGGAUAUCAAUAUUGUGUUGGAUAAGGAAACUGUAGAGGAAAAUAAAGCUGAAGCUACAAAUGUUGAGAUCUCUGAGUCACCGGUCAACAUUGUUGACAAUCAGCAAAACAUUGGGAUACCAGAAGAAGCAGAAAAGGAACAAGAACAGAAUGUAUCUGAACUAGCAGGGAAUGAAAAUAAGAAUGAAAACAAGAAUGAAAAUACGGAAGAAAAAGCGGAUAAAGAAGAGGUUAAGGAUGGAAGCAAGGAAGCAUAA